AUGCGCUCGAGAAGUAACACCGCUACUUCUACAGCUUCUUCGAUCAUAUCAUCUGGUCAUGCGGACAUGGCUGCAUACGACCACGUCUCUCCUGGUUCCCCACCUGCACUUCGUCAUGUUGGCAGCCACAGCCGUCUUGACCACGGCGGCCCAAGGAGGUCAAUGUUUCGUGGAAAGAUGGGUAAAAGGUUGAGCGAAUCAAUUGGAAGUGGCGUAGAAUUCGACGACUACCAGGAGGCAGAUGCUGGGAGGAAACGAGCAUCGUUCCUGCGAAAACGAAAGGGCACUAAUGAGUCUGAGAUGUUACAACACGAGCUCAAGAACCGCAUCUCGAGUCCUUUCGACUUCCAGCACCUGACACAUGCCGACCGAUGUCAGGUAGCAGCGCUAGAACAAACCCCCGGAUCCGUGUUGGUUGCUGGGUGGGCCGAACGUGCUGCACAAAUGUCUGCUUCGGGAACACAAGGAGCUGUCAGCUCUCGCAACAUAUCGACCGAGAACUUGACGACAUUCGAGCCAGGCUCGGCUACGAUCGUUGGUCCUAAGUCACCGUCCCAAAGCCCAAUUCUAAGAAACUGGCAACAAUCAGAAUCUUAUACUGGCUCAUCACCAUCUCGACCAGGGCUUCGACUGACCCGGUCCGUGGAAAGCUUCUCGCAACCCGGUGUAAAUCUUCGUGCCCACCAACACUCAUCCUCCGUCAUUGCAUCCACAAGAACCUCGUCCCUCUUACCAACAUCAUCCGUUCAUAACAUACCUGAGGAAGGGCCAUUGAAACAGAUUUCAGCCGUAUCACCGGCCGCUCGUUCAAAGAGACAUUCAGGAAUAUGGGAUGCAUUCACCCUGUCAGCUACAGCGCCAACGGAUCAGCUUCCAGGAAUAGAUGAAGACUCCAUGCUCGUCGGCAACGCUGUUACAACACCGGACGACUCUGCAAUUCAGGCUAUGACGCCACCGUUCAGCCCCAGUCUCGAGGAUGUUGCAGAAGAGCCAGAGCGUUUCGUCAGCCCCAGACCUGCGCCCCAACCGCCACGGCUGAGAACUCCAACAUCUCCCAAGUCACCCUUCUUGGAGUCAUUCUCUUUUAACAGCCAGCGCUCACCAGGUGUAAGGACUCGACCGAGGGGCAAUUCACGCGCUUCACCAAAGUCUUCCAAUUUGAGAAACUUGACUGCUCGGCCUAGCUCACAGACGUCAGAGACUCUAGGCUCGCCCAGCUUGGUACGUGAGAGCCCUAUCCCAAGACCAACGGUGACCCGUCGCAAGUCGAACACUUGGCGUGCUAUUGAAGAGUCAUGGGAAGAGGACGUCGACUAUAUCUAUGAGCACGCCCUGGAAGCUGAUUGCGACAACGACUGGGACUGUGUGUCUGAGGAUGAGAGUUUCGCUGAUCGACACCAUGCCCUGACACGAGCAGUUAAUAAGGAAAGGCUUCUGGUGCGGCAGGCCUCCGAGCCGGUGCAUCCUUCUACCAGCAGUAAGCCGACAUUCCAAUUGCAACUGCCAUUUCCCUCGUUGCACCUGCCUCCGAGCAACGACAGCGUUCCAGACUUAGGUUCCACAUCUGCGGCAUCAGCUUCUACAGCAGGAACGGGAUUGCAAACACCUUUCCAUGAGUCCGAAGGAUUUAUUUUGAGCCCAUCGCUUCUGCUUCCUCAGGUCUAUAAGGAAGCAGCAGAGACCUCGUAUGAAGAUAUCCUGAAGGAGUAUGAUGGUUCUGACUGCCACUUUUCUAUCAUGGACCUAGAUGAAAGCGCCACGAGCUCAACCCGCAGCAGUCGCGCCCGCUUCAGCCGCCGAAGUUCGUAUGACAGCAGCCUGAUGUCGUCUGCCCAAAGCUCCGGUCUAUGGAGCUCCCCAGUCCGACGCUCGGCAAGCUCUGCUGGAAGUCUUCCAGAGCUUGUCCACUCACGUCACACUCGACAGAACUUUAGUCUUGUCGUCGACAAGCUCUCAGAGCAGGUCGCAUCACUAGAGGCAUUCGGCAGUGACAAUGAGGAGGAUGACGAUGUCACCCCUCCAGGACCAUCGCGUCUCUCAGCAGACCAAACCUUCUUCACCCCAGCGCAAGACCUGUCUGAUAACCAGAGCUACCAGCGCAACAAGCACUCUCAUAAGCAGGCCCUGUCAGACGGCGCAGCUCAGCUGCUCACCUCGGCCGGAAAUGCGAAGCCUCGCAGCCGAGCGGCGACCAUCAGCUACAACAACGGGGAGGAAUUUUUGCAUCUCUUCCCCACACCACCCUCGUUUUCUCCUCGCAUUACCAACUAG